CACGCUUAAGUGCUAUUAAUUUAAACAAUGCUAGCUCCCUCGGAAAAGCCCUCGUAUAAACAUGUUUAAGACACUUAGCACACACUACACUGUGGUAAACAAAAAUUUAUACGUUAGCCGGCUCUUACUAACCCUAACAGCUGACGUCAGUUUGUCAUAGCAACGCCACUCCCUUACGUAGGACGACAACAAAGCAGCAAAUGCACACUGACAGUGGACGAAAAUGAAAUUUUUCACUUGAGCUACUCUCUGUCAAUUUCCAACAGCUGUAUUAGUUCUCAACGAGUUGGACAAAGUCGCUGGACGUAAUGUCACUCUUCAAUGUCUGCAACUGGUGGCACACACAGUGUUCCGACCUUGAGGAGAACUACGAUGUGGCUAGUUUGCUGUGUGCACGCUUUGGACUCGAUGAGAAUGAAAAGGAUUAUGUUGUGGUCGGUUCGCAUAGUGGUAAUUUAAGUAUUUUCUAUCCACGUCUCGAACAAAAUCGUCGCAUAGAAGAUGGCAAUGCUUUUCGUCCGACCGAUUUGUUAUUGGAAGUGAAUCUAAAAUUACCCAUACUGGGUAUAUAUGCAGGACGUUUUAGUGGUGGUCAAUUCGCUGAUGAGCGACAUAACCAACUCGCUGUGCUGCAUCCACGUUCCGUUGCCAUCUAUAAGCUCAACUCCAUUGGUGGCGUGGCUGAGCAUGGCUCACAGUUGCGUCUGCAGUCUUUGGCCGACUAUAAGCUGAAACGUGGCGCUUUGGCUUUAACUAAGGGUUCAUUCGGGCGGGUUAAGGGUCGCGAAUUCUUUUGCAUUACACACUUGGAUGGCACUUUGACGUUUCACGAGCAGGAUGGCAUUUUGUAUGAAUGUCAAUUGCCGGGUAAUCGGGCUCUCCCCGUACCGGUUGUUUAUUGUGAGCGCACAGAUAGUUUCCUUCGCUUCACCGCCGGUUGGAAUCUGGAGUGUUUUACCUAUCAGGAUCUUUCGCACUCGUCGCUCAAUCGUUCGGAGUUUAAGCCUUCAUGGUCGGUUUGUAUUGGUGAAGGUAUUGUCGAUAUUUGUGUCGUGCAGACGAAGUCCACUUCCGCUUCGAUUAUGAUUUUGGGUGAGCGCAACUUUAUUAGUCUUACCGAUGAUGGUGUCGUGGAUUUUAUACUAAAAUUGGACUUCACGCCAAGAUGCUUUUAUUCCUUCGUUAUCGGCUAUUACUGGGAACCCGGUGCACGUUUAAUAACUGCAAUAGCUUCGGCCACGGGCAAACUCUUCAUCUAUGAAGGAGCUAACAUCAUAUGGGCUGCGCAAUACAAAGAUGAUCCGCCGGUAGCAAUACAACGUUCCAACUUAAACGGCUUAGCCGGCGGUAUCGUAGCACUCGGUACGACGGGACAACUGCGCAUAGGCUAUUUGGGCUCCGAACCUUUUGUCUUCAAAGUACCGCCAGUCAAUAUGGAAGAUCUUAGCUUUACAGAAGCACAUAAAGAGUUGCAACAAUUGGAGGAGGAGAUCAAAGCCGCUGUGGAUGUAUCGGAUUUGGAAGAUAUCGACAAACGCGCUGCUGAAGAUGUGCGCAUACAAUUCACCAUUAAUGCGGAGACCAAGGAAGAUGCUGGUGAUGUACUGCUAUUAGAUGUGCCAGCACAUGUCGCGGUAAAAGAAUUGCCCGCCGGCACGGGAGUAUUGAAAUUGCGCUGUAAGAUUGAAUUGGCUGAGCUGCAAGUCAUCUUCAAUACAGCCGAAGGUGUACGCUGCAGUCAGGAUACGCUCACCUAUGUGGAUAUGACGGCAGGGCAAGUGGAGACGUUGCAGUUUGACUUCUAUGUGGAUGAUCUCUUGCAUGUGCAUACGACACGAGUUGAUGUGAUUGUCUCGUUCAUAAGCGUUAAAGGCAUACCACGCGUUUUACAACAGUCCGCAUAUCUACCGUUAAGCAUGUUCUACAAGACGCGCCAACCACAGAAGACAGCAAGCAUAAAACUAACCUAUAAUAUUACGUCCAAAACCUUAACGCCGAAAUUGUCUACAUUCUUUCCCGAAUUUGUUGCCUCGGAAAGCGAAUCACAAGCGCUGGGUCUACUAUUACUUUGUCCUGGCGACGAGAAAUGUGAAGAGGUUGUGACUAUUGUGCUGGCAAAAAACUCAAAUCGACUGAGAAUACAAUCCGAUACCUUAGAGACAUUUCCAAUGAUUUUGGAACGCAUCAUGAAGGUUGCCUUGGAUCAUGCCUCGGAGACUUCAUUGGGCUUGAAAGGAAAGCGUACCAAAAAUGCCAUUAAUCCAAAGGUGAAAACUCUCAUGGCAAAUCCAGUGCUGCCCAUUCAUGCAAUUUUACACAAAGUCGAUCUACAUCGGGAAACCCAAGAGAACAUACAUAAACAGACGCUUGAACUGGAUACUCUGUUGGAGCAAUUUAAGAAUCUUCAACGUAAACUUCAAGAUCAUUCGGAGGAUGAGUCUAAGGAGACUUUGGUUAUGCAAGUUGAGGAAAAUUAUGAUCAUCUCAUUGCGGAGGGUGAUAAAUUAAUGGAAAUAAGAAAGUUGGAAAAGAUACAACGUUGCGAUCUCACUUGUGCAAUCUCUGUAGCCACCUCACUUAUUGGCGCUCUGCACAUGGAGGAGAAGCUGGUGAACGUUAUUUGUGGGGUGCUAUGCACGCCAAUUGAGGAUUGGAUUGAGUUGAGUUGGGAGGAGUCCAUGUCGCCCGGCAUUGAUAUGCUCUACCACUAUGGUCCACUCAAUCGCGUCCGGAAUAGUGAGGGCGUGAAUGCAAUCGAAACGAAUGUGACACAUGAAAAUUUCGAUUAUAAUCGUUUUCGGCGACACACACUCUCCAUACUCGAACGCAUACAACGUAUUGCCGCCACGGAGGUGGGUGGCGAAGAAACAGAGGAGAAUAACCAAAAAACGGUAGGUGAGAGCGACUCAGAGAAAACAGUGGAUAUUAGUGGACUCAGUGAGUUGUUGGAAGUUUUGCCCAACGAACAGAGAUCCAAGGUACAUAUGGUGCGUCGUAGUACGCUCGAAGCGGUGGAGGAUGACGAGGAAGAGGAUGAGGAUGAUUUGCGUAAGGUUGGCUUUAAGAAAGAGUAUGGCAGUCAACAAAAUAGAUCGGGUGAGAAUUCCGAGUGGGUGAAUGAAAAUUAUGAGUUGCCAACAUCGGAGGAAUUAUUCAGUGAUUUGGGUAUUUGGUGGUAGGCGAGGAAGAGUUCUUGCUAAUAUAUACUUAAGCACAUAAAUAUUUGUUGUUGAUAUUAAACAGAAAUCGUAACGAAACUUACGAUAAAUAAUAAAUC